UGCUACACAAACCGGCACCGGAAGCAGCACUCCACCCGAAAUGAUCUCGCUGAGGUACACGCGGAAUUUGUUUCUCAGGUGUUUCUGUGUGGUUUACCUGUUCGCGUUCAUAUCCUUCUACAUACAAAUACCAGGAUUAUAUGGGGACAAUGGAGUUUUACCGGCGAGUUCCCUGUUGGAAAACAGCAAACACAAGACCCUGUCUGCCAAGGUUCACUACCAACCAACUCUGUUGUGGCUAGCACCGUACCUGGGGCUCAACAUCAACUAUGCCCUUGAUGUUCUGGCACUUUUGGGCAGCUUUUUGGCCUUCUCUGGAUUUGUGUCGCAAAAGUUUUGUACCAUCCCACUAUUUGCUGCCUUAUGGUCAUUGUAUUUUUCGCUGUACCAAAUUGGCCAAACUUUCGUCGCAAAUCACUAUGACGAUUUGUUACUUGAGGCGGGCUUCUUGGCUCUCCUGGUGGCGCCCAUGCUGCCAGGAAAGCGUAAGGGCUCCAAAGGGUCGCCCUGCGACUUGAUCAGCUUCUGGCUCGUGAAGUGGUUGUUGUUCAGAUUCCUGUUAAGCAGCGGUCUUUCCAAACUAUUGAGUGGCUGCCCUAAAUGGUGGAGCUUAACUGCCUUUGACUAUUGGUUCCAAUCGCUUCCGUUGCCCAGCCCACUUUCUUGGUACGUCCAUUAUCUGCCCUCUUGGAUUUUGAAGUUGGUUGGUGUAUUUGCUAAUGUGAGCGAAAUUGGAUUGCCCUUCUUGUUCUUCUUGCCUAUCAGAAGUGUCAGAAUUACUGGGUUCGUGUUCCAAAUAUUCUUGCAAAUGUGCAUCGUUUUGACCGGAAACUUCAACUUUGUCAACCUCCUUAUUGUAACCCUCCUCUUCUCCCUAUUGGAUGACCUGUUCUUCUUUGGAAGAAGGAAGUCCCUGAGCAAGUUGAACAUUUUGGGCAAAAUCGCCAACGUAAUCGUACAUGGUGCCGUAAUUUACGGAGUCAUACUCUUGUACAACUUGAAAGUUAACGGAACAACGAUCGAUUCGAAUAUUGCAUUCACCAAAACUCAGUUUGACCAAGUGGUAAGCAGGGGAUUAACGUACACAACAUACUUCGGAAUAGCUUCUCUCGGCCUUACUGUCAUUCAAGCUUUUGGCCAGAUCUUGUUUGAUUCCCAAGCUAGCGGCAGCAAAGUAUUGAACUCAUUGACCGCCGUCUUGUACGGAGGUCUUGCCACCUUGUUGUUCUUCUCAAGCACUGUACCACUGGCGUCUCUUCACUCAUCCUCCAACUCAACAGUCCACCCUCAAGUGCGUACGAUUUACAACAGACUUCAUAAGUUGCACGCCGUUAACCAGUACGGGUUGUUCACCAAAAUGACUGGAGUGGAUGGUCGUCAGGAAAUUAUUUUGGAAGGAUCUGACAACAUUGAUGGCCCUUGGAAGGAAUUGAACUUCCUCUACAAACCUGGAAACGUUAAUCAUUCUUUACCUUUUGUUGCGCCUUAUUCCCCCCGUUUGGACUGGCAGAUGCAUUGGGCGGCCUUCAACACCUACGAAAAAGAACCGUGGGUGCUGUCGUUGACCCACCGCAUCCUCCUGGGCCAGCCUGAAGUCCUGUCCCUUCUAGACAGAAACCACUCGCCCUUCGUUAAAAACCCGCCGAAAUACAUCAGAGCUGCCCUUUACAAGUACAAAUACACCCCUUGGAACCAAAGAUCUCAGUCCGCCUGGUGGACAAGAGUGAAAGUAGGGGAGUACUUCCCGCCGUACAGCUCAUCGUCGAACGCUCUCAUCGAUUACUUGAGAGCCAGGAAUCUCCUGCCUGCCAAAUCUAAACAGACUGUCAACCCGCUGUGGAAACAACUGUUGGACAGCGUCAGAUACGUGACCAGCCACUUGGAGGCCACGCUGUUGCUGUGGUCCGUCUUCACGGCCGGAUGCGCCCUGAUCACCACCUCGGGAAAGAAAUAAUUUAAUACAUGUUAUAACGUUGACUGAUUACAGAUAUACGUCAAGAGUGGAUGUUUUGGGAUUGCAGUUAAUGUAUUAUUUUUUGAGAAAACGUAUUUUCACAUUAUCACACUCUCUGGGACAAUAAAACGGAAGUUAUGCAGUCAUAUCAACUUCCCAAAAUUCACUCUUCUUCGAAGCCUGGAUGAAAUGAUACUUGUCACUGUUUAAAACAGGGUAUGAAUAUUUUUCUAUCAAAUGUUUUUAUAUUAAAUGUGCACUUUUGAUGUAGGGCAACAAAACUGGAUCAAAUAUUUUGGUAUUUAAUGAUUGUAUUGUUCAUUUUUUCAGUAGUAUAAAACGAUAAGUAGCAUUUCAUUUUUGGAUUGUAGGUACCAAUAUAAAAAGUAUCAUUCUCUUUAGGGCUUUAAGGACAUAUACAGUUUUAUUUAUGUUAGAUGUAAUUUUAUUUUUAUAAUAUUGCACAUUAAUGACACUUUACGCUUAUGUCUAUUUAAUUAAUUUUACAGUCAUUGUAAAGUAGCAAUUUCAUAAAUUAUAGUGUUUCUGAUUGAACAUAAAUCAUUGAAUUGUUAGAUGUGUAUGAAUAAUGUGUUGUUUAUCAGUUUUGUAGAUAAAUAAAUAUUAAUUAGCAUACACAUUAAAGUGUUUUAGCGAUAUUAUGCGAUAUUGUUUGUAAUAGUAAUACGAUUCGAAUAAAUUAUCUGUAAAUUUAA